AUGAGCGCUCCAAGCAGAGCUGCUGCCCGCCGGGCAGUGGCGUCGCAUGCAUUCGCUGGCCGAAAUCUACUCCGACCUGGCGUCGGACUCUCAUCCACUCCAUUUGCACGACACGCGGGCAAUGUCAACAACUCCGGCUCAACCACAGUGGCCUUCUUUAUCCCCGGCAGGUAUGUGUCUACUGAACACAACACCACCGGACACCAAAAUGGGCCGCCACCCGGCUUUGAUAUCAACAAGGCGAAGCAGCCACUAUCCAAAGACACAAACAAGACAGACUCCAAGACGGCAGCCGAGUCAACAUCGAAAGCCGACCACACAGACGACGCUCUUUUGGCGCAAAGGCCGGCCAAUGAGCCAUCUGCUGAAGCCAAAACUUUGACAGAAUUGGCUGCCAAGAAGGAGGCAGAGGCACAAAAGGUGGAGGAGAAGCAGGGCAAGAAGAUGACUCUUGGACAGAAAAUCAAGCAUGAAAUUCAGCACUACUGGGACGGUACCAAAUUGCUGGCCACUGAGGUCAAGAUCAGUACCAGACUAGCACUCAAGAUGGCUGCUGGGUACGAGCUUACUCGGAGAGAAAACCGGCAACUUCAAAGGACGGUACAAGACUUGGGUCGGCUGGUCCCCUUCUCGGUAUUCAUCAUUGUUCCGUUUGCAGAGGCACUCUUGCCAAUUGCCCUGAGGCUCUUCCCGAACCUACUGCCCAGCACCUACGAAGGCCAGCAAGCCAAGGACAAGAAGGCCGCCACCCUUCGGGCUACCCGUAAGGAGGUGAGCAAGUUCUUGCGAGGCACUCUGAUGGAGACUGGUCUCCCUCUCACCCCCGCAACAACACAAAAGGAGGAGUUUGCGAUAUUCUUCCGUAAGCUGCGUGCGACAGGAGAGAAGCCAACCACCGAGGACGUGAUCAAGGUUUGCAGAAUCUUCAGGGACGACUUGACCCUUGACAACCUCUCGAGGCCGCAGCUCGUCUCCAUGUGCCGCUACAUGAACCUGAACACUUUUGGCACAGACAUGAUGCUCCGCUACCAGAUCCGUCACAGAAUGCGCCAGAUCAAGCGCGACGACAAAGCUAUCAGCUAUGAAGGCGUCGACAGCUUGAACGUCGGCGAAUUGCAGGUCGCCUGCGGAUCUCGUGGAAUCAAGACUCACGGUGUGUCGCCGGCAAAACUCAGGGAGGAGCUGCAGUCGUGGCUUGACCUGCGUCUCAAGCAUGGUGUUCCCUCAACACUGCUUGUCUUGAGCAAUGCCUACAUGUACGGCCAAAAGACCGAAGAGGGUAGCUUCCACAGCCAGAUUGAGGCCUUGACCGGUGUGCUGUCUUCGAUUCCUGAGGAGCUGUACCACGAGAUCGAGCUCGAGGUGCACAACGCCGAGGGCGCCGCUACCAACAAGCAGCGACUCGAGGUGCUCAAGGAGCAGCAAGAGCUCAUUGAGGAAGAGAACAAGCAGGACGAGGAGAACCAGAGCACCGGCAUGGCCACACCUCGCGAUGUUGAGGAUAUUGACGAGAAGGAAGAGCGACGCAUGGCGGCCGAGCAGGCCGGUGUCGACAAGUCGCAAGUCAACGAGGCCCUGACUGCCGAGGCCGAUGGCAACGAGGUGGCCCAGAAGGUCGCAAAGGAGGAGCCGAAGAAGGUUGAGUCGUAA